CUUUGGGAAAUUUAACAAAAAAUUUUAAUUAAUCAUGAUUCUCGACUUGGGCAUAUCGAGUUCAGACACAAAAAUUAAAGAUGAUCAUGAAAUAAGAAAUUCCAAGAUCAAGAUGCUGUAUUUAGGCAUGUUGUAUUUUGUUACUAAUUUUUUAAGCUCGAUUGCUCUGGAAGCUGGUUCACGCAAUUUAUUUCGUUCUAUUUCAACAAGACCUGCGAUUUUUAAUAAUAUAUUCCGCCGGAAUUACAAUCUGAGAAUUAAGGUAAUGAUAGGGGACGUGCUUGCGGCACUGAUAUCUACAAUGAUGUUAACAAUCGGCGACAUAUAUGGAAUUCCAUAUCUUUAUUUGCCAUGGCUUAUCAAUACUAUUGAAGGGAUGAUUUUUCACGAAGGAAAGGCUCUUUUCGGAUUGGCAUACACUAUGUUACCCAAUGUGGACUUGUCUACGGGAAUAUUUAUGUUUAUAACGCUACUUUUAUAUGUGGAAGAGCUGUGCAUUUGGAAAUAUGUUUUUAUGAAUUUUAAACACUGUUGGACAAGAUAUAAUAACAAGUUGAAGAAAGACAUAAAAUCGAUGAGCAUAAAAUCGAUAGCAAAUAAUGAAUUAUGCAACAAGGCUAAAGAAAGUCUCAAUGAAAAUAUAGUUUUGUCAAAAUCAACGUUAAAUCAGCAAAAUUCUGCAACUCAUUUUAAUGUAACUGAUGUACCUACUGAUGACAUUUUUAAGCCUGUUGAAAAAAUUAUAGAAAACAGUACAUCGAUUAUAAAUCGUCGAAGCAAAAGCCUGUUUACGGAGGUGACCGGCUAGAUUGAAACUCAUAAAAUUUAAAAUGUACCGAAGUAAAUAUAAAACUAAUUUAAUAAUACUUUAAUAUU